AUGGCUCAAGAAGAGGAGCUGGACGUCAGCACGAGCCAGAUUCGAGAGUGGCGGUCAAUCGUGACUUUGAUUGUCUUUGUCGUUACGAAUCUGAUCGUACUGUUCCCUUUCCACAUCCCGAUCUGGAUACCUAGACCAGUCUGGAACGCCGGCUGGUCUGUCCUCAGUACAUUACGAAUAAUACCGCCUCGACCAAGCCAACCCGACGAUAACAUCAGCAGUCAUGGCGCAAAUGAGCAGACGGAGGAGGAAGGCAGCCGUCGUACCAAGUACAGGAUCGUCCGGUUCCCGGUGGACCUCGUAACAGCUCCCAUCAUCGCCGACCUUUUUCUUCUGGCCAUCCUCGCGAUCGGAAGGAAGGAAGUCCACGAUGGAACUGUCGGGACUGACAGCAUUCAUCCAAUCGACAUCAUGGUAUUCUUCCUAACGCUCGCGUACAUCGCCAUUUCGAUCGACGCCUCGGGACUAAUCCGCUACCUUGCCUUCAAAGUCCUGCAGAAAGCCGGCAAGAAUGGCCACAGGCUUUACUUCUACCUCUACUCCUUCUUCUUCGCCUUGACGACUCUCGCCGGGAAUGAUCCAGUCAUUCUCAGUGGUACGGCUUUCUUGGCCUAUAUGACUCGAGUCUCCAGCAAUAUUGAGCACCCUCGAGCAUGGAUCUAUGCUCAAUUUGCUGCCGCGAAUAUAGGGUCUGCCAUCUUAGUCUCUUCAAAUCCCACGAAUUUGGUCCUAGCGGGAGCGUUUGGCGUCAAGUUCAUUCACUACACAGCGAACAUGAUCGUACCGACCAUCGUCACCGCGAUCAUCAUCUUUCCAUUUCUGCUGUACAUCGUCUUUCCCGGCGAAAACUUGAUUCCGCGGUCGAUCAAACUCCACGAGCUCCCGAACGAGUUCAAGAACAGAAAACCCAUCAACCCAAAUAUUCCCGGAGGUCGUGGAGCCGCGGAAGACGCCGACGACGAUGAUGAGCGCCAUAAUAUGAUGCAGCUGGAAGAAAUCAUGAAUCCCUUCCUGGACAAGGGAGGUGCUUCGUUCGGAGCGCUGGUCAUGGCUACGGUACUGAUUACCAUUCUGGCGCUGAAUGCGAGCAGUCAAAAUGGACAUGAGCAGCCGGUGUUUUACGUGACCCUGCCUGGUGCUUUUAUCAUGUUCUGUUGGGACAUUGGCUUCGGCUGGAUGCGCCGGAAAAAGACUCGUGAAAUCGCCCGCAAAGGUCGUGAAGAAAUCGAGCGAGCGCGAGCCGAAGAGCACUACAGGGCCAAGGCGACCAGUGCUUCGAAAAGCGCUUCUUCCUCGGACGAGAUCCAGGAGACUGAGCCCCCAAAAGACCACAUCAACGAUGAAAAGGCGCCCACCACGGAGCUCGAACAGAAGCCAAGCCGGCCUUCUGGAUUCCCUGAACUCGGCCCAAACACAUGCUCUCUCCCUCCACCCCCUCACCAACCAACAACCCUCUCCUCCCUCCUCACCCGCCUCCACCGCUACCUCGGCGAAACCUUCCCCACAGUAAUGGCCGUCCUCUCCCACCUCCCCCUCAAACUCGUCCCCUUCGCCUUCGCCAUGUUCAUCCUCGUCCAAGCCCUCGUCACAAAGGGCUGGGUCCCCGUCUUCGCCCACGGCUGGGACCACUGGGUCCGCAAAACCGGCACCAUCGGCGCCAUCGGCGGCAUGGGAUUCCUCAGCGUGGUGCUGUGUAAUUUCGCAGGCACGAAUAUCGGCACGACGAUUUUGUUGUCGCGGAUUAUUCAGGCUUGGGUGAGGAUCGCGCAGAUUAAUGGGACGGCGAUAUCGCAAAGGACGUUCUGGGCGACGGUGUAUAGUAUGGCGAUUGGGGUGAAUUAUGGGGCGUUCAGUACGGCUUUCAGCGCGAGUUUGGCGGGGUUGUUGUGGAGGGAUAUUUUGAGGAGGAAACAUAUUCAUGUGAGGAGUUUGGAUUUUGCGAGGGUGAAUUUGCCGAUUAUUGCGGUGGCGAUGGUGGUGGGUGAGGCGGUGUUGGUGGGCCAGGUUUGGAUUAGUAGGGGAACCGGGGAUUAUGGAGGGACUGGUGGGUAG